AUUUUCGACACGCAGUCAAGGUCUCGCGUGUAUUCAUAUGUUCACGCUACUAUGCUUUUAAGGAGUGCUGUUGGCUUUCUUCACGGAUUGCUAUACAAACCUUAUGGAUUCUGGGUUUUAUCACCGGUUUUAAUUAUCUUGGAGAUUUUAUGUGGCUUCAUUAUCAUUGACAAAGUACCAUAUACUGAAAUUGACUGGAUUGCGUAUAUGCAACAAGUGAGCGGAUUUAUAAACGGAACUUUAGACUAUGAUAAGUUGGAAGGUCAAACUGGGCCUUGUGUAUAUCCUGCCGGACAUUUAUAUGUUUAUACAUUCCUGCACUGGCUUUCAGGUGGUGGAUCCCUGAUCAGAAAUGCUCAAUUUGUAUUCCUCGGGCUUUAUAUCACAACAUUGGUACUGAUUUUCAACAUAUACAGAUUAUCAUCCCAGAUCCCUCCUUAUGCCCUCUUUUUUAUGUGCAUUAUGUCUUAUCGUGUGCAUUCAAUAUACCUCUUAAGGGUUUUCAACGACCCGGUGGCCAUGCUCUUCCUUUAUGCCUCUGUCAAUGCACUUCUAUACAACCGUUUUACGGUCGGUAGCAUUUUGUUCAGUCUUGGUGUUUCGGUGAAAAUGAAUAUAUUAUUGUUCCUUCCUGGUUUCCUAAUUGUGUUGGUAUGGCACAAGGGAAUUUUGGAGACAAUAGGUCACCUGUGUGAGUGUUUCAUCGUUCAACUGGCCGUAGGUACACCUUUUCUAUUCCACAAUGCAUGGGCGUACGUUAGCAGUGCAUUUAAUUUCGGUCGUCAAUUUAUGUAUAUAUGGACAGUCAACUGGAGAUUUCUACCAGAAAGUGUAUUUUUGGAUAGGCGAUUUCAUAUGAUUCUACUAAUCUUGCAUUUAUGUAUGUUGUUCGUAUUCUUCUGGAAGUUUAUUCGCUCUCGUGGUGGGAUGAAAAAUUAUUUCUGUAUAUUUGACCCUGAACGUGAUUCAAAGUUGGAUCCUGCAGGUAAUAUCUAGUGCGUCUUGUUUAUCUGGGAAUUUGAAGAUACACAUUCAUGGUUUUUGCAAUAAUUGUGUUUUAAGCACGCUCUUAUUAUGACUAACUGCAUAAUAUUUUAUUGUAGUUGCCUACCGUUCCUAGUUUGGAGGCUUCUUCAUCCUUCUUGUGACUUCUAUAAACAUUAGAUCUAUUCCUCGAGAACUAAGAACCAAAUUUAAAUGAAAAAACACUCAUUCCUAUUUUGUCUUAAUUUUUUACUGGAAUCAGUUGUAAAAAGCUACUAGUUUUUGAAAUAUGAGCUGAUUCUGUAGCUAAAAAUGUGUGUCGUAAUAUAGUUAACUUACUUUUUAUUUCAGUGAAUGUUUCUUACUGCUCAUCAAUCCAAUUGAUAUCAAAGGCUAUCAUUUUUCCUAGCGAUACUCGAUCCGCAUCUACCUGAUAAUCAUCGGGUUAUAUAUUCGAAUACACUCAGCUUCUUUUGGCUAAGGCACCCUUGUUUUAUCACUGACUCAAGAUAUAUUUGACUAACAGAGGCCUAAUAAGGAAAUCGCUUAAUUUGUCUGUUGUGUUUGUCUUUAGAUGGGAUAAGAAGUGAAUGCGAGUGUAACGGCUAUAAUUUUCACUUGAAAAAUACAGAUUCAUGUUUUGAAAUCCUCCAAAUAUUAUGUAGGGUGAGGUUAUAUUAGUUCGAUUUUCAGGUAGAUGGGGGACAUCUCUCUGUUAGGAUUUUCUGGCACUUAGAUUUUAAUCUAGUCAAGAACUGUCAAUAUUUAUUGUCUCUUUUUUCCUCGGUUUUGAUUCUUUUGAUUAAAAUCCAGCUGUUCUAUAUCCUAUGUUCGUAUGCAAUUUUGUUGGUAUUGUUAUCAGCCGUUCGUUGCAUUACCAAUUCUACGUUUGGUAUUUUCAUACAAUUCCAUAUUUAUUGUGGUGUGUUAGACGUUUUUCCACUCCUGUGAAGCUAUUAAUUCUUGGUCUUAUUGAAAUCAGUUGGAACACCUAUCCAUCAACAAUUUUGAGUAGUGGUUUACUAAAUUUAUGCCACUUAGCGUUGCUAGUUGGAUUAAUUAUGGAAUUAGUGCCAAUUAGAUUAGCAUCACUACAUGUCAAAAAAGAAGUUGUAAAUAACUCCGUCAGUACUCCUUCAAAAAGUCAACCACGCAAAAAAGCUUCCAAAAAAUCAUGGACUGGUGGGAAGUACAAACAAGCCUAAAAUGUUUCAUUUUGGGGAGGAGAAAUUGUAAAUUCUUAGUACGCUUCUUUUUGUCGACCAAAUAUGCCAAAGGUGUACGGUCAAUUGACACUGAAACUGUGCAUGUGAUUGUGUAAAAUAAUGUAGCUUUUUUGCAAAUAAAUCCUGAUAAUUUU